GCCAAAUACACUUGUUUACUGAUCUGUCCAACUAGUAAAUAGGGCUCUAUGGUUGCCUGGGUCUGUAAUAUUAGUGUAAACGUAGUCAUCCACAAGGCCUUUGACGAUGCUUUGCGCAAAGAGAUACUUAGAAAGAGUACCUUCCUACCUGCUCACACUGACCACUUCAGACUUUCGGCACGUUUAAUUGAUCCAACAAACACCUGUCAAUCUCAUCUCAACUACUUUUCGAGCAUUCGCACUCAAAACCAUGGUAUCACAAAGGGAUAAAGAGCUGUUCAGAAAUGACGUUCGUGCCCGGGGAACAAAACUUAGUGCUGCUGAUCGUGAGAGCCUUUUGAAACCAUACCUACCAGACCCCUCGGAGCUACCACAUCGGCCACUGCAGCGGCGCAGGAAAACUUCGCCCAGAAAGACCCCUAUCCGGACUUUCGUGAAGUCACAACUGCACCAGCUGACCUAUACUCUCAUUCACAUUUUCUUUGGUAUCGUCGUUCGCCUCGCCCAGAGCUACCAUGCCGUCGUGGAUAGGGUGUUCGCCAUCGUCUAUUAUCAUCACCGAACCCCCGAAUUGAUCAGGAAGGAUGUCAAGAAUUUGGAUCGUUUGCCGGAGCACUUGAGUGUUAUAUUAUCAUUGCGGCAGGAGGAGGAUUCUCUAACGGUUUUAAUGGAUGAAGUGGCAGAACUUGCUGCGUGGAGUGUCAGUGCCGGGAUCCCUGUGUUAAGCAUUUAUGAGAAGAGUGGGGUCCUUAAAUCAUGCAUUCCCACCCUGCACCGCAUCGUUACAAGCAAGCUAUCUGCGUAUUAUGGCUCUCCUUCCCAGCAACCAACGUUGCGACUUUUUGCCCCUCAUCACUCUGUUUAUCAACCACAGGACAGCAGCUCAACUGAGAAAGCCAACACUGAUUCUCUGACUGUGCUUCUAUUGUCGGCUACCGAUGGCCGGGAAACAUUUGUGGACUUGACAAAGACGCUCGCGGAGAUGUCCCAGAAUGGAAAAAUAUCACCAGAAGAUAUCACAAUGGAACUGGUCGAUGCAGAGAUUAGCGAGAUCACGACACAGCCAUCUCAGACAGCUUUACCGACCUCCAUCGGGAACAAAGCAGCAUCUAUUCCGAACGUUUCAGUAAAACCAGAGCCUGACUUACUAUUAGUAUUCAGGCCCUUCUUGAAAUUAGAUGGUUAUCCACCCUGGCAUAUUCGACUUACGGAGAUGUAUUGUACGGGUGAUAAGAGCAACAGCAUGACAGGAUAUGGGGAGGCUGUUGAAUAUCAGGGUUUUCUUAGGGGUCUAUGGCAUUAUGCAGGGGCUCAAAUGCGAUUCGGUCGUUGAGCCUUUUCUACCUCCUGACUGUCUUUCUAUUCCCAUACUCACAUCCUUCCAGCUGUGGAAAGGACCUAAAUCGAGACUUGAUAUUAAGCGUCAUAUUGUUUCUUGAUGAAUGACUUUGAGAUGGUGGUCCCCGAAUUGUGAACUACGCCUCUAAUUCCCACAGGCAAUAUACAUUUUGGUGUAAGAUUAUAUGCAUAUCACAGAUUGACUAGAUCCCCGUUAAUAGGUAACGUCUUCUUCGGUGUUUAUAUAAUUUGGUUCUA